GGCAAAUGUAUCAUUGGUGAACAUCAGGCCGAGCCGGCUCCCGGUAAACCUGCCUAACCGCUGUCAGUCACACAAUUACGAAAGAAUCGAAAAGUCUAUCCCAGCCUCUUGACAAUCGUUACACCUGUCAAUAAUAAAACAAUAUCGGUGAUUUUAAUUCAAAUUAAUUAAUUCAAAUUAUCAUAGCAAACUGGGAAACUUGUUGCGUUGCAAAUUGCAAUGGGGAGAAGCAAAUCAACGGAACCGGAAGAAUCCGUGAUGGGUUUCAAGGAUAAGCAAAAGGCCUUGGACACGCUGAAAGCUCUGGACGGCCGAGAUAUCAGUUAUCAGUACCAUGUGAUUGCUAGUUUUGUGAGCCGCGCGAAAAGAACGUUGCAGAUUACAAGGGACGAGGAAAAGCUGGCCAAUAUACGAGAAGCUUUGAAAGUGUUCGAGGAUUGGCUCGCUAACUACAAAGAGAACAAUCGCAGUAAAGAAAACCUCGCUUACUUGCCAAUCGAGACUAUAAAAGGCUUCAAGAGCCUUGCCAAAAAGUACGAUGUUCUGGAGGAAGAAUUCUAUAACGCGUACAAAAAAGAGAAAGGUGACUACAAGGGUCUACGAUCGGUUAAAAUUCCGAGCGGGGAGACCACAUGGGACAUCGAGAGAAAUCGAAACUUGAGGAAAAUUAUCGACAAGAUCAAACAAGACCACGUGCAAUGGUUCGAAACCGACGUUGGCGAUUUUCGGGGGCUUCCAACUAAAGAGCACGUACAGUGCAUCAUGUUGGGCUACAGUCCAGAACCGAGCAAAUUGAAGAAGCUCGUAGCACAGGUGGAGGAAAAGUUUGGAUCUGAGAAUAACGAGGAUAUGGAGAUCGACGAGAUCGAUGUCAAGGGCAAGGCCAAGAAGAGGAAGCACGAUAGCUCGUCCAGCGAUGACGACAAGGACGAGGAACCGGAGAAAAAAUCGAGACGUUCGACCGACGAGGAAAAGGCCGAAAAAGAGGAGAGCGGACUCGGUUUUAAAGAUAAAGAGAAGGCUUUGCAGACUAUCAAGUUACUGGAAGGUAGGGAUCUAAAUUAUCAGUACCACGCGAUCUCUGGCCUUGUGAAAAGAGCUGAGCGAGUGAUAUCGUGCACAAAGGACGAGCAAAAACUCAAGAACAUAAAAGAAGCUGUGGAAGUGUUCGACAAUUGGAUUACGGAUUUCAAGGUAAAUGGCCGGGCAAAGAUGAAUUUCGAUUAUUUAUCCGUUGAUUUGGUACGAUCCUACAAGCCGUUGGCGGACAAGUACAAAAUCGAAGAUAAUGGAUUUCUUAAAGCGUACGAAGAAGUGGAUGGAGAUUAUAAGAAAUUGAGAAACGUUCAAGUUCCAGAUUCGAGUAUUACCUGGGAUAUAGAGAGGAAUAAGAAUCUUCAAAAUGUCGUAGAUCGUGUCAAAGAACAAAAGAAAUGGUUCGAGACGGAUGGUGAGUUCGAAGAUUUACCCACCGAAGGACACAUUCGAUGUAUAAUGUGGGCUUACAGUCACGAUGCAGGUAAAUUGAAAAAACUUUUGCCUACGUUAGCUGAAAAGUUAAAAUCGUAAAUCGUUAUUAUAAAUAUUAUAUUAAUAUAAAUAUAUAUAUAUGUGAAAUUUAUACUAUUCUUAAGUUACCU